AACGUCCCCGACCGAGCUCGCCCGAGUGGCGGUGAACGCGUUAUCCGGCCAGGGAUCGUUCCGCGCACCGGAUAUUCCCGCACCAUGGAGGAUCUCGGGAUGACCGCGAGCACCUCGAGCGGCCUGGGGAGCACCGUCAACGACGUGGACUGGUUCGCCGGCGUCGUGGAGGAGGAGCUGUUGCACUACACGGGGACCGGAAACGACGUGGACUCUUUGUGGACGGUGAUCGGCAGUUUCGUCCCCCCGCCCCCGCGGCCCCCCUAUCUCCCGGAGGACGGCGUCUCCACCGACGGCCUCACGACCUGCGACCUCUGUUCCUGGGCCUGGAGGAACGACAGGCACGGCUUCUCCCUCGACGGCGCUCUGGAAGCACCUGGAGAGCUCGGCUGGCUUCUGACACUGGUGAUAGUGUCGCUGGUGUCCGCCGGCAUCGGCGCCAUCGUCAUGGUGACCCUCCUCCACUGCAGAAGGCUGAAGAGUACAACCGGCAGGGCCGGUUGCUGUGGAGUCUCCAUGGACGAGUCCGGCCAGGAGUCGGCGCCGCCGGGGAGCGGCGCGGGCACCGGGGGAGGCGUCUCCGUCGUGCCCGAGCGGUCGUCCCUGGAGCUGGACAAGCUGCCGCCUUAUCACGACGUGGCCCCGAGUCCGGGACGCAACGUGUGGUCGUGGCUGGGGUCCCGCAGGGGCGGCGGCCCUGGAGGGACGGGGGGUGGCGCCGGCGGCGGCGUUCCCGGCGUCCUGACGACUCCUCUGUCGCUGCCCCGACACAGGAGGGCGAUGAAUCUCCCCGUAGAGAACCACUACACGCACAUGCAGACCGACGAGGCCCUCUACGCCGAGCUGGACUCGCAGGCGGCCAGCUACGCGAGCGAUCCGCGGUCGCGGACCCGGGGAAGCUCGACCUACGGGUCCGCUUCCGGCGCGCGCGACGACGAGUACCAUGAGCUGGACGUCGCCGGACUCCACCGUCGCUACGGGGACGACCCGAGGAGCGACGCGUCCCGGCUGCGUCGGAGCCAAAGGUUGCAGGAACCGGACUACGAGAUGUACGAGAACGGCCCCUCCACCCCGAGGCCCGGCCAGGCUAGACGCUACCACGCUCGGCACCUGCACCACCACCACCAUCACCACCAUCACCACCGCCACCGCCACGUCCCGGGGGACGGCGAGGCCCCGGAGCACCCCUCCUACCAGAACACGGCCUACACCGGAAGCGACGCGGAACCGGACGGUCCCACGCUGAGCAGUGCCCCCAGCAGUGCCUACUACAGCGACCUGAGCUCCACAUCCGCGAGUCAAUCGACUCCGGCCCCCGCGCCCCCUGAGGUCGCCGGGCCAACCCUAGACCCGGACCACCACUUGGCGGCCAUCGACGAGAGUUCCGCGCCCUCGGACUAGGUGUCGGGCGCGGACCUCGACCGAGGACCUGGCCGGCUCGGCGGAUGCAUCGAUGAGCUUCCUCGGAGGCACGCGAUAAUUAAUCGCAUCCUCGCGACCAGGAUGCCGAGUCCUUCUCCCUCUCCCUCUCCCGGUCGAGGCCUUGUUGCUUUCCGGUAAGAAAACGAGGAAUCGUCCGCGGUCCUCGGAGGACCUUUUCCGUGGAAUUCCCGAUGACGGUUCGGUUAAACGUUUCCGGGAACGAUCCUCGAACCGCGGAGAGGAUCGAGCGGAAACGAGGACGCGGGGUCGUGGGCGGUAGACGCGGAACGAGGAUACGGCCGCAGGGACGGUGCGGCCGCUACCUUCCUCUCUAGCUCGGUAUAUAAAUUAUACAUGUAAAUAUACGAGCGGCCACGCGGAGGAGAUCGAACCUCGCGAUAUCGGAAUACGUGUUGGCGGUGAACGCGCCCGCCGCGCGGAAUAAUAUUCCUGCAGGGUGUUCGCACCCUUUCCCUCGAGCGUUCCUCGAGACGUUCCUCGAGGAACUCUCCGGAACGCGCGGCCGUCCGGGGAGAAGUUGGAUCUUUCACGGCAAGCUGCCCCACUCGGAUACGGUGCGACGUAAUUGCUCCGAACGUCGCGUUCCCUCCUAUCCGGCAGAGGAGAGGAGGGUUAAUUCCAACUUUGCCGAGGACCGGCACGAAAGGGUCCAAGCGGAACGUAAACGUUGGAUCUCGGAGGGCUCGGUACCUUCCGGGAGCGAACGCCUCGACUUGUAUGUACAUAGUCAUUAGGGGCCGUUACCGUUUGUAAAGACGCGACUUAUCGAUGUAUGUACAUAUCGUACUAUAACGUAAUGUAAUGUAAUUAACGAGCUCGAGAUCGGUUAGCGAGGGGCGUGCGUCCUGACCACGCGACCUGCUUGCCCGGAGUCGGCACGGCUGGAUUCGAUUCAACCGAUGCGGUCCGUU